AUGACCCUCAAGUUAUCAUAUCAACUACUUCCAUUGCUGUUUCUACUAUCAGCAUUAUGUGUUACUGCAAUAUAUCCCAAGACACCAAGAUUUGGAUUAGUCAGCAAAUUCUCAACCAAUGACUAUGGUGUACAGCUCCCUCCAGAGUUUGUGACAUAUUAUUACACACAGACACUUGAUCAUUUCAAUUACAAACCAGAAAGUUAUGCCACUUUCCAACAGAGAUAUAUUGUGAAUUCCAAGUAUUGGGGUGGGGCAAAUAGUAGCUCUCCGAUCUUCGUCUAUACGGGUGAUGAAGGUGAUAUUACUCUUGUGGCAGAUUUUGCUGGAGCCAUUGUUGAACUUGCCUCUCGUUUCAAAGGCCUCUUGGUGUACAUAGAGCAUCGAUACUAUGGAGAAUCAAAUCCCUUUGGAAGUCAAAAUGAAGCAUUCAGCAAUGCAAGUACCCUUGGAUUUUUCAGCUCGACUCAAGCAUUGGCAGAUUUCGCACAGGUGAUCAUAGAUCUCAAGGGGAACUUGUCAGCAGAAAAUUGUCCUGUCAUUGCAGUUGGAGGAUCAUAUGGUGGAAUGCUUGCGUCUUGGUUCCGUCUGAAGUAUCCACAUAUUGCCUACGGUGCUUUUGCAUCAUCUGCUCCAAUUCUCUAUUUUGACAACAUCAGUCCCCAAGAUGGAUACUCUGUCAUCGUGACCAAGGAUUUUAGAGAUACCAGCGAGAGUUGUUACAACACCAUAAGACAGUCUUGGGGUGAAAUUGACAAAGUUGCUGCUCAGCCAAAUGGCCUUUGGAACCUUAGUCGAAUAUUUAGCACAUGCCAGCCUCUGAACUCAUCAGAAGAUCUAAAGGACUACUUAGUGCUGAUGUAUAUGGUCUCUGCUCAAUACGACAACCCUCCUUAUAAUCCAGUAGAAAAGGUAUGCAGUGCCAUCGAUGGAGCAAUGAACGAGACUGAUAUUCUUAGCAGAGUCGCUGCAGGCCUCAAUGUCAGUGCUGGAGAACCAUGCCAUCAGGUUUUCGAUCUCAAAUUAUACAAAAGUAGUGGAUGGGAUUGGCAGACUUGUACGGAGAUGGUGAUGCCGAUUGGAAAUGGUGCCAAUGAUACAAUGUUCGAAGCAUUGCCAUUUGACUUGAACAACUUCACCAGGAAUUGUGAAGGUGUCUUUGGUGUCACCCCUAGACCUCAUUGGAUCACAACAGAGUUUGGAGGACAAGAUAUUAAGUCUGUGCUUGGAAAUUUCGCAAGCAACAUCAUAUUCUCUAAUGGACUCCGAGACCCAUACAGUGCAGGAGGAGUUCUACAAAACAUAUCAGACAGUGUUGUAGCUGUGUAUACAGAAGAAGGGGCACAUUGCUUGGAUUUAGCUACUCCAACAGCAACUGACCCUGACUGGUUGGUCUCACAGAGAGAGGCGGAGGUCAAAAUUAUAGAGGGAUGGUUGGCAACGAGGUCUUCUUUAAUCACUUAG